CAAACAACACACCAACCUUGCAAAAUGUGGCAUUUAUCUUUCUUCUUCCUCUUCUUCUUCAUUCUAACUUCUCCAAAUUACAAAACCUUUACUUCAACUGCUACAUCACUCGAUAUACUUGACCAAACUUGUAGAACAUGUGCUGAUAGAUCCAUCGUCUUUAGCUACAAUGUAUGUUUAAAUUCUCUCCAAACAAUCCCAGUUUGUCAUGCCACUAAUCUUCAGGGACUAGCAUUGAUUGCCAUGGAACUAGCUCUAGAGAAUGCAACUACUUCAAUUUCAACCAUAAAUAAGCUGUUGACAAGCGGAACUUUGGACCCUUUUGCGCUAGCUUGCUUAGAGGAUUGCUUGAAACUGUAUUCAAGUGCGGUUGUCACACUGAUAGAUGCUACUGGAGCUUUUUUGACCGGGGAAUAUGGUAUAGCCAAUGUGUGGCUGACUGCAGUUAUGGAAGCGUCAACGACAUGCGAAGAAGGAUUCUCAGAAAGGGAAGAGAUGGAGUGUCCUCUGAAAAAAGAGAAUUAUAAUCUCUUUCAGUUAUGUGAUAUUGCAUUAUGCAUCAUCAACUUGCUUUCUCUACAUGUAAAUUCUUAACUAAGUGGUAUUUGCACUUAUUUGUGUAUUGUGUAAGGUAAUGCAGCCAUGAUAGUCCAGGAAACAAAGGAGGACUUAUUAUUAGAGAACAUAAGCUUUCAAACCCAACCAAAUAAAGCAAUGUCAGUUACAUCCUAUCAGUAUUUUGUUUAUGGUUAUUCACUGCUAUUUGUAACUUUGACCAAAUUAUUUCUUAGUCCAAUUCCCAGCUCCGUUAUAUAUUAGCAACUGCUUUUGUUUUAACAUUGAUAGACAACUGAAGUCACUGUAGACAACAAAAAAUUAAUA